AUGGCCUUUCCCGGCUUCUUCGACACCAUCUACCGCAUCAAGGACAAGUCGGUGUACAGCCCCGGCACGGCGGGCGGGGACAUUGCGCUCCCCGACCGUCUCGGCGUCAAGAAACCCCAGUGGGAGCAGAAGGACAAGAGUCUGAACGGCAAGAUCUGGGGCCUCUUCCCCGUCGAGAAGGGGUGGGAGGAGCUCGACGAAAUCUCGUCAAAGGGAUACAAGGAAGUCGAGUCUCUCCUCGGCAAGGGCGUCGGCCCUUAUCCCAGUGACAAACUGACCAAGGCGAUCCCCAUCCACGAACGUGCGCGCGAAGCCGCAAAGCUCAGCACGCUGUACUGGGUCUUCUUCGAGCUCGCUACGCGCGGCGUCUACCGCCCCAAAGAGGCGGGUAAGGUCAUGCCCCGCUACCUCCUGCAGGGGCGGAAGGCGAAGGGCGAAAUCGAGCCGCUCGGCGUUAAGGUCAAGCGUAUCGAGGGGAUCAAAGAGAAGGCGAACAAGCUGUCCAAGAAGAAACCCCUCGACGCGCUGCUGCAGUACGCCACCGCGCUCGUCGAGAUGUACCCCUGGACGGCGACCGCUCUGCUCUGGAACGCCGAGGACGCGUUUGGGCUCGGCGUCGCGCAGCUGCGCGCUACACGAGCCACAAGCUGCUCAGCAAGUGUUACUAUCCCAGGCCCUGUUGGCUCACCCCUCUCCUCUGCUCCCCGGCCCCCGCUCACACCAGGCUACAUGGACGCCUAUGUCAUGUUCCAAGUCCCGCAGGGCUGGAAGCGCCCCCGUGCCGAAGACCUGCCCUCUCCCUGCGACGCGCUCGUCGUGAUGUCGAUCCUGGCCGGCCUGAGCGGGGACAUCACCGAGACAUUCGUGCUGUCCACGCGCAUGGCGGCCGCGAAGAUCGACACGCCCGAGGCGCACAAGCACGCCCAGGCCGUCCUCAAGGCAGUGCCCACCGGCGCGGCAGAGCACUGGGCCCACUGGGGAUGUCAGCAGGGGCACACGACCUGCUUCGCCGCCGGUAGCACGUACAUUGCCGAGAUGGAGGGGCGCGAACUCAUCCUGCCUGACUCGAGCCAGAGCUUCGUCAAGGAUGCUGAUACCAAGCUGUUCGAGGCUAUGAAGGGCAGGAUUAAGAAGGGAGAGUUUAACGGGGUCAAGGUUAAGGGGAAGGAGAAGGCGGCGGAGCAGGAACGGAAGAGGUACAUUGCACGAUGGGAGACAAUGUUUGGCGCGAAUCGGAUAGAGUGGCGAUCACGACGUGAUCGGCGAGCUGCGGCCAAACCGCGCGCGGUCAACAGUCCAGUCAACUUCACUUCCCUUCAUCUCCACUCUCAACAUCACUCUCCUUCGCACCACUCCUCCAUCAUGGUUCUCAGCAACAAAGAGCGCAAGGCGAUGGGCCAGAUCCAAGAAGACUGGCGCUGCGCCCCUCAGCCUCUCCUCACCCCCUUCACCGCCGGCAGUGAGCAUGUCUUCCCCGUUGCCACUUUCACCGACGCGCACUACAAGCAGGAAGACAUCAGCUUGAACAAGGUUCUCUGGGACUUGUGGCCUGUCUCCCCGCCUGACGGGUAUGUGCGCGUACUCCGUCAGGCCGAGGCGAAGCGCAACCACACCAUCCAGGACCCGACCAAGGAAGGCGGCUUCAACGCCAGCAAGCUCAAGGCUGCUCUGCCCUUCGCUGAACGCGCCCGCAUUGCAUCCAACCUCCGCGUGAUUGACGAGCUGCACGUGCGCCUGAAUGCCGUCGGUUGGCUCCAGUACGACACACUCGCCGACGGUCUCUCGCCAAUGCACCUCCUCUACUACCGCAAGGAGAUGCAUGAUGUGGCUCCGCUCGCUGCUGCCGUUGAGGCGGCGCAGAGGAUCCAAAAGGAAGGUGAUAUGUGA